AUGGAUAUUUUAUUUUUACCAAUAUUACCAAAUGAAAUAAUUGAUCGUAUAAGCAAAGAAUUAUCUGGAAUGGAUCUAUUUCGCUUCACAUUAGCUACUCAUCCUGCUCUUAGUAUUAGCAAUUAUCAUUUAAUACAAUUACUUUAUUUGCAACCUGAUCUUUCAUUGGAUAAAGAAACAAAAUCAUUGCUUGAUAUGCGAAAAUCACCAUAUUUCCUUUCAGAAAAUAAUCUUCUUGAACCACGUUUAUUAAAAAAUGAAGAAUUAAUGCUAUUCAAAAUUUGGGGCAACAAUCGAACUUCACCAAAUAUUGUAACCAACUUGAAUCAAUUUAUAGAAAACCUGACGUGCCGAUAUGAAUAUGAUAUUUGGGGUCCUUAUAUUAAUUGGGAUACAUUUAUUAUUGCUGGUGGUUCAGUUAUCUCAUCUUUACUUGCCGAACCUUUAACAAAAAAUACAUCUGAUAUCGAUUUAUUUUUUUUACAACAAAACUCACGAUUAUUUAAAACUGCAGUAAAUGAACUAGAAAAUCAAUUACAAAGCAAGUACUUUGUUCGACGUAAAACUAUUUGGUCCAACAGACUAAUUCAAUUUGAUUUAUAUCGAAAAAUCACAAUCAACGACAUUUUCAAUGGCAACAACUUCUCACCAUCAAUCAUUAUUCAACUUAUUUGUCCAACUUUGUAUCCUAUCACUGUUUCACGAAUUCUACAUUCAUUUGAUCUUGAUAUUUGUGCUUGUGCAUUUGACUCUAAACGAGUACUUAUUUCCUUUAGUUGUUUGCAAGCACUGAAUUCUGGUCAUACAACAUGCUAUGCAAUGCCAGUGACUAACUCGCAAUAUAUGAGAAGGGUUCCACGUUUACUUAAAUAUCAACAACGUGGUUUUAAUAUUCUUUGUCCAAAAGAAUUCGACAUAAAUGCAUUUCUCACUACAAGUAUUGAAAAUUGCAACGAAUCUCAAUUUGAACGAACAUACCGUUUUCGAAGACGCCAUUUCGGUGACAAUCAUGAUUCAUUCUGCCUACAGAAAAAAUUUUGUGAACAUCAUAGUUUAAUAUAA